AUGAGGGUGCUAGGAAUACUUUGUGUUGUUGGCGUUCUCUUUGCCAAAUUGGCAGCUGGGGCAGAGCAUCAAGCUGCCAGCCUACCCACCUGUGCGCUAGCAUGCAUGAAAACAUCUCUUUCGCAGACCUCUUGUGCAUUGACGGACCAAGCAUGCCUUUGCACCGAUGCAAAGUAUACCGCUUACCUCGAGAAAUGUGUCUCUUUCAGCUGCACUAUACGCGAGUCGUUGGCUACAAAGAAUGUCACAUCAUCAGCAUGUGGAGCGCCCAUUCGCGAUCGCACAAAAGUGGUUUCAUAUGCCGGAGUUGCAGGAGGAAUCGUGGCUCUAAUAGCCUUCAUUCUCAGAAUAAUCGCGCGAAUCAAGUGCUCAACAACAAUCGGAAUGGAUGACUUGACCAUGACAGUGACAAUGUGCCUCCUUGUGACCCUCAGUGCACUCUCAGUUGUCUUGGCCGAAGCGGGCUUGGGAAGGGACAUAUGGACGAUUCCCACAAAGAACAUCACCUAUAUUCUCUACAUCUACUUUUGGGAUGAAUUGAUCUACCUGAGCAUUUUGCCAUUGACGAAGAUCUCCAUUCUCUGCUUCUAUCUCCGGAUUUUCCCCGAGCCUCGCUUUCGAGUCUUCACAUACAUUGCGAUUGCACUGAAUGUGGGCUAUCUGAUCGCAUUUGUUCUCAUCUCAGUAUUUCAAUGUCGGCCCAUUGCGGGAGCCUGGCUUCAUUGGGAUGGAGAGGGAAAUUACCAGUGCAACAACAUCAACGCCCAGGGAUGGGCUUCCGCCAUUAUAAACAUGGUACUUGACAUCAUGGUCAUGUUGCUUCCUCUACGACAGCUUUACAAGCUCAAAUUGUCUUGGAAAAAGAAAGCCUACGUGAUGUGCAUGUUUGGACUGGGAAUUUUUGUGACUCUGGUCAGCGUGUUGCGCCUGAAUUCACUGAUCCAUUUCGCGUCCACACAAAACUUAACAUGGGACUAUGUCGCCGUGGGGUACUGGAGUACCAUUGAAUGCGACGUUGGAGUCAUAUGUGCCUGUUUACCGGCAAUUCGAUCGCUCCUUCGCCACGCAGCCCCAGGGGUAUUUGGUGACACGGAGCAAAACAAAUCCUAUGGGACAGGCUCCCACGGCCGCGGCAAUUCUCGAUUGGAUGGCUCCAUCAGUGUCCUGCCCAAAGGUGACAAGGGUCCAUUUUACCCACUGAACGAUUUCGGCAACUCAAGCGAAGCUCGACUGCAUCAGAACCGCUGA